AUGGCUGACGGUAAAUGGGACAUUUUCUUCUCCCAACACCACCUCCUCCGCUUGCAAAGAAACAUUUCCCCUAAACAUUUCCUUUGGAAAAGGUAUUUUCAUGUGGCCUUUGACCCAUCCCCAAUCGCCGUUAAGAGGGCGCUCAGGCAGGCGAAGUCACUCCUGCCCCAUUUCAGCACCAGGGGAACGUCAUCCUGGAGGAGGGAUAGGCAAGGCGGCCCUCCUGGAGGAGGCUUCCUUGGUAGCGCCAAGGCCUCCGGCGCUGGGGAGGGAAGGGGCUCCGGUGGGGGAGGAGGCGGGACUGAGGGGGGUUGUGCUGGCUUUGCGCGGGUGUUCUGCUCUCCCAGCCGAAGCUCCAAGCUCUUGGGUACCUUCUGCCCCUUGGCCCCCUCUCUGCGCCUUUGCUGGCCUCCAAGGCCUCGGGUUGACGCGACCCCCUGGGCCGCAGGGCUUGUGCCACAAAGCCAUCCCGGGAACCACCGGUCUCCUCCUUCUGCGAGCUCUCUGCUCCACGCCCCUCUCUCCCUCCCUGCGCGGCACUUCGCAGGGCCAGCAGGGGUGGGUGCAUGUCUUGGCACCGCAGGCUGGCACUGGCACACGGGCAGGCACGCGAGCGGGCGGCCCACCCGCCUCCGCGCACAGCCCCACGCAGGCCCGGCUCCCGCAGCCCCGCCGGCUCCGCCCCGGCUGCCGCCCUGCGCGCUCCUCUCCCCGGAGCUGCUCACAAAGACGGCCUCCCUGGCCCCGAGCCCGCAGGCUUCCGUAGCUCCGGCCCUUCCCCACCCCCACAAAGUCCUGGGGCGCCUUCCGCCGGCGGCGAGACCCUCGGUCCUCCCGGCAAGUAGCCGGCGCCCCCGGACUCGGACUCGAGCGAAGGUCCCUGUGAACGCCCAGGGAGAGAGGGUGCCAGGCGAGUUCGGUCGCUAUUUAAAGGACCGCCGGCCAGCGGCUCCAAGCGCCUCUUUCGGGCUCUUCCACUCGGAAGGGAAGGAGCGAGGAGCAGGCCAAACGCCGCCCGCCGAGGCCGCGAGCUGCUCACGGCACCCGCGGCUCAGCCAAGCCGUUGUUUUAAACGAGCAAUAAAAAUGAAUUAUGACUAAACGCCUUCUAACUUAAUGCUUUCGGACGGGGAUCCCCGGCAAAUACGACUGUUUGCUGGACCCAUCCACAGCUGGGAGACUAAUCAGCCAUACUGAAAAUGUUCGACAUUGGUGGGGGAGGGGUGGGAUGUAGCUGUUUGAAACAAACGUGUAUAAAUAAAUGAAUUGUUGACCUGGA